GGAUUCUCAUUGCUGGAUCUGGACAGUGGCAGUGAGAGGGCGCUGGUGGCGGGCGUUGAGAACUUCUGGUUGACUCAGGGUGGGGACGAGGCUGCUGCUGCGCUCAUUGAGGAGGUGCCCUGGUGGGCGUAUGGGCACAGAGGCAUGCAGGUGUGGUACCCCUCUCUGUACCACGAUGCAUCCGGCCAGCCGUCAGAGGUGCAGCAGUUGGACCCAGAGCUCGACUUCGACCGAGAGGUGUACCCGCUGGGGGUGUCACUGCAGCGGGGGUGAUAGUGGCGUCAGCCAGCGCCUGUCACUCUCCUCCUGCGCCGAGAUGCCAUGCUUUGAGCCCACGCCACAGGCGCAACCCAUCCUGCCGUGCCUGCUACGGCACCUGCUGCAGGCGCAACCGGUGCCUGCUACGGCAC